AUCACAGCAAAACCACCAACAUAAUCUGCCCUCCUUCAGACCACACUUCCCACUUUGUAAUAAGAAGAAACAAAAGAGUAAAAAAAGAGAGAGAGAACAUAAAAAUGGCAACCUCACUACAGGCGGCUGCCACCCUCAUGCAGCCGACGAAAGUCGGCGUCUCAGCCAGAAGCAGCCUACAGCUCCGAUCAGCUCAAAACGUCAGCAGGUCAUUCGGCUUCGAACCGGCCGGUUCAAGGCUCACCUGCUCUCUUCAGUCCGAUCUCAAAGACUUGGCCCAGAAAUGCACCGAUGCCGCCAAGAUUGCCGGCUUCGCUCUCGCCACUUCUGCACUCGUUGCCUCGGGAGCAAGUGCUGAAGGAGUUCCGAAAAGGCUAACCUUCGACGAAAUCCAGAGCAAGACCUACAUGGAAGUGAAGGGAACCGGAACAGCCAACCAGUGCCCCACCCUAGACGGUGGUUCCGACAGCUUCGCCUUCAAAUCCGGCAAGUACACCGCCAAGAAGUUCUGCCUCGAGCCAACCUCAUUCACCGUCAAGGCCGAAGGCGUAAGCAAGAACUCACCAGCUGAGUUCCAGAAGACCAAGCUCAUGACCCGUUUGACCUACACCCUGGACGAAAUCGAGGGACCCUUCGAGGUAUCUCAGGACGGUACAGUCAAGUUCGAGGAGAAGGACGGAAUAGACUACGCAGCAGUUACGGUGCAGCUCCCUGGAGGCGAGCGCGUCCCGUUCCUCUUCACGAUCAAGCAGCUCGUGGCAUCUGGCAAACCCGAGAGCUUCACCGGAGAGUUCCUUGUACCCUCGUACAGAGGAUCUUCCUUCCUUGACCCAAAGGGCAGAGGUGGGUCCACUGGUUACGACAACGCUGUUGCGUUGCCAGCUGGCGGGAGGGGAGAUGAGGAGGAGCUUGAGAAGGAGAACAACAAGAAUGUGGCUGCUUUGACUGGGAAGAUCACUUUGAGCGUGACCAAGAGCAAGCCCGAGACUGGAGAGGUUAUUGGAGUGUUCGAGAGCAUUCAGCCAUCUGAUACUGAUUUGGGGUCCAAGGCCCCCAAAGAUGUGAAGAUUCAAGGUGUGUGGUAUGCACAGCUCGACUCGUAGACUCUGUUAUUUGAUGUUUGUUGUAAUGAUUCUUCGGUUUUUGAGUUUUUGCUGUAACUGGGAAAAAAAAAGGGGAUCAUUGAAACUCCAUUUAUAGUGUUGGAGAAGAACUGAGAUCACUAUCAUGCUUUGUAUAUUAGUGUGGUUUUUCUUUCAAUCAAUAUAUGUUCUUCAAAUGAUGA